UUUUCAGCUAUUUGUUAAGCAUAGCAAACUUUACUUAAAACGAAAACAUGCUAAGACAUUCAUCUCUAAACCAAUAAACCAUUCUAAACAAUCCAGAUCGUGUUGCGAUUUAAAGCAGUAAAUUCUUAUUAGAUUUUAGUGAAUAUUAUAGUCAUUAUGUGUCUUUAUUAUUAACUGAGUCAGAAACUGGUGGCAAUAUCAAAUUCCUUUCUUAUUACUUCAUGCACAUAUAUACAAGUAUGACAUGACACAAAUAUUAUAUCACAAAUUUACCGCACAAAGAAGAACAAAUCAAAUGUACAGGUUACAGGUGUUAUAUUUAGAAAAUUCUUAUUUAUUAUUUUAUAUAAGAGGCAUUUACACGUAGUAAAACAUUUUGUGGAAUAAGAGAUCUUUGUUUGUAAACCUGGUAUUUAUAAUGAGUGAUGAAGGUGAUAAACAAAGUGUUCGACCGAGAAAACAGAGACAUGCUUUCUACAAAGUCUCCACUGGAUUAUCGGUUGAGAAAGUAAUGGAGGAACUUGGUAUUUCUGAACCUAUACGAGAAACACUUGGUAAACUGCUAAGUCAACUUGCUUCAAAUAGCGUUUUAUGUAAAACAUACGCUGAUGUCUCAACUCAAACAUCAUUCGAUGAUAUGCCAGGAGAAAUUGACGCAGUAGAAUCGUCAGUUGAACGUGACACGGAUGAGACAGACGUUAAAGUACCGUACGAAGAUUGUAAUGUUAUAGAUGAAAAGAAUAUUGACAAGGAAAGUCCUUAUGAUAACGUCGCAUUUAAAACUCCAAUGAACACAGACUAUGGUAACUAUUCACUACAGAUCCGGGAGAGGCUUAUUACAGAAGAAACUAGACGACAAUCUGCAGUUGAAGUUAAUACAGGAAAAUAUGAUGAACGCGAAUGUCUAGCAAAUGCCAUACAGUUUCACAUUGAAGAUCUGAUUGACGGAGUUAUUUUCCGAGACAGCGAACUGCCUGACUGUCUUUUAGCUGAUGGUUGUCUCACAGAGGACGAAUGUUCAUCGGUUAGAAGAAUUCGAGAUAGAAAAGAUCAGAUCAGAAUUCUUGUAAGCUUAAUUAACGGGAGAGAUGUGUAUGUGCUAAGAGGAUUUCUGAAACGCAUAAAGGGACACAAUCAACAUGUUGCUGUUAAAAUACAAGAGAAGUUUGAAGAUAAUAAGCGCAAAGGUUUAGGACAAAAACUAUGUUUCCUGUGCCAGCUCAAAAAUAACUUCAAUGUAAAACAUAUAGCAGAUUCUCUGUGGGCAAUACAAGUAAUUGAUAAAGGCGUUUAUAAUACAAUUAUCUUUUCUGAUUUACCGACAGGAGCACAAGAAACAUUAUGGUGUAAAGUAUUUCACUCUCUGAACUAUUUGGACCAUCAACAAGCUGAGUUAGCCCAUCAAACGAUUAUGAAAGCAUUGACGAGGCAAAACCUGUUUACAUAUCUAGCUGACGGAAUAAAUGAUAUGUUGAUGAAGAAUCAUGGAAGGUUAAGUUGUUCUUGUGAACAAAAUUCAUUAUUACGGAGGAGACAUAAUUUCUUAGCUGAAUCAACAUCUGACGAAUCAUUUCUUCCCCGGUCAAGUUCGGACGGAACACCAAAUGAUAUAGCAAGUACUUAUAGCACAGAUGAUAGAACUAUUCCUAAAACUGUAUAUAGGAAACCGGAUAAUGUGACAGAAGAACGUCCGCUAUUUCCUACAAGUCUUCUUCAAAGUGCCAACAAGCAACAUGAUGUUGGGGACAGUAUACCCGAAUCUGUAACAGAUGAAAGUUUAUUGGAAUUUAACUCUCAAACAUUUCCUAAAACAAGAAAUUUGACUGAUUUUUCACCUCAAAGCAAUUAACCACCAAAUACUGUAGAUGAUUAUAUGACAACUGCACAUAAAUAAUGUUGCUGUAAAGGGUGUGGCUCGAACUUAAUAUAGUUUGAUAGUUUGUUGGUAUUUUUAUGUAUAAACUUUCAAUAUACGAUGACAAAAGAAAGCUAUGAGAGCGUAAAUUGAGUGACAUCCGGGUGUAAAUUCUAUUACGUAAGUGGUUUGAACAAAACAAGACUAAGUGCUAAACAUAGCAUAGUUAUAAUAAACAUAUUCUAAAGUGGAUAAAGCUAUAUGUCUGUUGCAAUCUCUUUUUAAUUUUGCAAAAAGAAAAAAAUACCGUUUAACAAACUUUUUAAAGAUCGUUACAAAGAACUGUAGAAAGCAAAAUAUUCAUUAUUUAAGAGAUACUGAAAACGAGUUUGAAUUAAGUAGAUUUGUCAAUAUAAGCUGAUAAGGGAAAGAAAAUGGAUUUAUACUACGUCGACUAUCCU